AUGGGUCGCUUCCAUCCCGUCUACAUCCGACGCUCGGAUGGUAUGCUGGAGACAGCUACCAAGAACGGCGCCAGGAUCCAGAAAGAGGCCAACAAACCCACGCCUAAGCAGCUGGACGACAAGCCUAAGCCCGAUGGAGUCAAGGACUACUACCGCGAGGUCGCCAUCGACGAGUCCAAGCACAUGGACUGGAGGAGGAAGCUGGCUGCCAUGCUUGCGCGCGACCUCGGCCUAGAUCUCGGUGUAAAGNGUUACAUCCUCGCCCACUUCCCCGAGAACUACCGACUCUUCGAGCACGUCAAGACGGCAAAGAAAGGAGAAGGAGAGCCAAAGACAAAAACACACGCUGGUGGCGGCAACGAGCGUCAAGAUGCCUACCUGUACGGCCACCCUCUCGGCCGCAAGAAGCGCUUCAGAAGUCCUGGUGACUUUUACCCGCAUCUGCUCUGGCUGGCCACCGACCCGGAAGGCGACUCGGACAAUUGCGCUUGCAAGAUUUGUUGCCCGGAGGAACUCGAUGCUUCGAUGAAAGAGAGGGAGGCCAACACGAACCCCGUCCUGGCUCGUCGUCCAAGCACACAAACCAGACCGUCCAACACUCCCACUCCCGCCGCUCAGUCCUCGACUCCUACCACGCUCCCCAACCGUGUCGCUACUACCCUCGCUCCGCAACCAGCUGCUGCUACUCCCGAAGCCGUCGCCGCUGCUCAAGCAUCCGCGCGCACCGCCAACAAACCCGUCGACUACGACAUUGAUCGUCAAUAUGGUAUCUUCCUGUUCCGUCAGGGCGAGAUGGUCUGGUUUGACCGUCAAGGCGCAUGGGGUCUAGGCGUCAUCACCGAGAGGUCCAAGGUCGGGAACAAUUCCAAUUACAGAAUACAGCCUCUCUCUUUCCCCAACCAUCCAACCCAGGCAGUCACUAUCACAAAGGAUCGCGACCUCCGCCCGUGGCUGGCAUGGUCAGUUCCUCCUUACACCCACCAGGCUCUGAAUCAGGUCACACAUCCUCUGCACUAUAGCACUUUCGACUUUAAUGCCUUGGCUCAAGGAAAGUACGGCCCAGGCACUACUGAGAUCGAUGCUAGUAUCAUGGCUGCAAAGGCCAUUGACGCCACAUAUACUCCCUUUUGCCCUACAUCUCGCUCCGAAACCCAGUCAUAUACCGAGACCUGUUGGGAUGCCAUCUACCUGGGAGCCGAGAAGAUCUGGGUCAACGAACCCGUACGCUUGCAUACUCCUGCUGGACAAGAAGCCCCUCGUGUCCUUGUUGUCAGAACCAUCGUUGAGCGUACGCAAAAGCCUACGCAGCAAGUCUAUUCUUCAAUUUCAUUUGUUGGAGAACUCUACGUUAUGCUGCCAGCACCCAUGGAGCCCAUCACUAUGAACCGCGCUCCUAACGGCAUAGUUGCUGGUUCCGACACAGCCAAUGUCCCACUACGUUUGCUAGAAGAUAUACGUCGCCGCAACCUCGCCACCAUCCAUGCCAGAGGCAAGGCUUACCAAUGGAAGCUCCUCGAACGUAACAAAGUUGUCGACAUGAAGGACGUCAGAGGUAGAUGGUAUGAGUCUACCUUAUUCCUCCCCAUCCUCCUGCCACGCCAAGCAGAGGAGUACGAAGAACGUGUUAGGGAUGGCGUGAUUCCAGAAGUUCUGGUUCUCAUGAACGGCCACGGCGACUGCAACACAGAUUCAACUGACAAGCGACGUUUGAUCCCAGACGUAAGGGCGCCUACACGCGAACAGGCGUUUGGAAAGGCCGUGCCAGCUCGCACUACCGUCCAAGAUGGCUUCAAUCGAUCUGCGACGCAGCCAUCAGGUCCGCUACAGCAGCAGCAACCAUCACGCCUUGUCAGUGGAGGUGGUGUUGCACCCGCCUAUCAGGCCCAUAACGAACAUCAAAGUCAUGCAAGUGUUGCGGCUGCGAGUAACAAUGCGCCGAUAUCUGUAUCUGCCGCACCUUCGGCUCAGCAGGUAUCAGAGAACCCAGCAACCGAUUUUGAAGAAUUCAUGGAUUUGGACGGCCUUGGUGGCGCCGACAUGAUGAGUGGCUUUGAUCAGUCUUAUGUUUGA